CUGGCCGUGGCCGAGCACGUGCGGUACGAGAGCACGGGCCCGGCCCUGUGCACCAUCGUCUUCCUCUUGGUCUACUUCUUCGGCAUGGCCAGCUCCAUCUGGUGGGUUAUCCUGUCCCUCACCUGGUUCCUGGCCGCUGGCAUGAAGUGGGGCAAUGAGGCCAUUGCAGGCUAUGCCCAGUACUUCCACCUUGCUGCUUGGUUGCUGCCCAGCAUCAAAUCCAUUGCGGUGUUAGCGCUCAGCUCUGUGGAUGGGGACCCCGUGGCUGGCAUCUGCUACGUGGGCAACCAGAGCCUUGAGAAUCUGCGGGGUUUUGUGCUGGCCCCCUUGCUCAUCUACCUGGCCAUUGGCUCCAUGUUCCUGCUGGCUGGUUUCGUCUCGCUCUUUCGCAUCCGGAGUGUCAUCAAGCAGCAAGGGGGGCCCACCAAGACACACAAGCUGGAGAAGCUCAUGAUCCGCCUGGGCCUCUUCACCGUGCUCUACACGGUGCCUGCUGCCAGCGUGGUGGCUUGCCUCUUCUACGAGCAGCACAAUCGCCCCCACUGGGAAGCCACUCACAACUGUCCCUGUCUGCGGGACCAGCAGCCUGACCAGGCCCGCCGCCCAGACUAUGCAGUCUUUAUGCUCAAGUACUUCAUGUGCCUGGUGGUGGGCAUCACCUCGGGAGUGUGGGUCUGGUCUGGAAAGACUCUGGAGUCCUGGAAAGCACUCUGCACCCGCUGCUGCUGGGCCAGCAAAGGGACUGCAGUUGCAGUGGCUGGGAGCAUCGGAGCCAGUGGGGGAGGCGGGGGCAUAGGGUCNGGGGGGGGCGGGGGCUGGGGGUUGGCUCCCACUGUGGGGGGCCGGGGGGGGGGAGGCGGGUCCAUGUACAGUGAUGUCAGCACCGGUUUGACCUGGAGGUCUGGCACUGCCAGUUCAGUUUCAUACCCCAAACAGAUGCCCUUGUCUCAGGUGUAAGAGCCGGAGUUGGGGGAGGAAGGGGUGCAGCCCAUCUCUCCUUGAGAAGGAACUUCAGGCCUCCCUAGGACAGGGCUACUGCUAGAGGCUUCCAAGUGCCAGCCCAUCGUCCUCAGCCUCUUCCUCUAACUCCUUCUCAGUCAGUCCUUCCCUUAUCAAGAAGCUGCAUGUUUCUGUGUUGUUGGUACAGGAAGUUUCUCAAGACAAGAAUUGCCUUACAUGUCUUCAACCAGCACGAGACCUUUUGCCCAGUAGGGCCUCUCUGCUCUUUCUCCGUCCAUCAAAUCUUGAUACAACAUCAAGGAACGUCUCUCUAAUUGAACUGCAGGGGUGGAGGAGGCUCUAAAGAAUUUCCUUUUUUAACCAUGCCAACAACAACAAAAACUGGCAGAUGCCUUAAAAUCAUGUGCUCAAAUCAUGUCUUAAUUGUACACCCCAAGUAAAUACGGGUUUCUUAUGUUAAAGGAUGUAUUUAUAUAAUUAUUUGGUACCUUGUACAAAAUGUGUAAAAUAUGUAUAUAUUCCAAAUGCUAUACAGUCUGUAAAUUUCUUUUGUUUAAAGAAAAAGUUUAGAGGCUUACCACCACUGCUCCCACCUAAGAGCAAAAAUUUGAGUAUUCUAUUUUGUCAAUAAAAUAAUGUUAAAUGAU